GAUUCUCACAAAACAAUCGAAACCAUUAAUUCUAUCUCAUAUCAAACUUUCAUUUCCUCCCAAAACCCUAAUGGAUGUCAUUGAAACCUCACAACCCUCUACAAACAUUGCCAUGCACCCUGAAAAACAACAAAAUAACUCAAUGCCACCACUAAAAUAUGGUGAAUUUAUAGCAACCCUACCAAUGAGAAAUGACUGGAAAUUCAUGCCUCUUCACCUGUACCAAGGUGCAUGGUACUUCACCAUUUACCUAGAUGCUGUUUUAGAAGCUCAGGAGAAGUUUCAAGCUCAACCUAACGACGUUGUCAUUUGUACUUACCCUAAAACCGGCACUACUUGGAUUAAGGCCUUAGUUUUCGCCGUAACCACACGCUCUCGCUACCCGAUUUCUGAGAGUCCUCUGUUGACAUCUACACCGCAUGAUUUGGUUCCAUUUUUGGAAAUUGAGGAGUCUCGGGGAGAAACCUGCGCUCGUGACCUGGAAAACCCGCUCGUCUCAACUCAUAUUCCUUAUCAUUCCUUGCCAGAAUCUAUAGAGACACUGGGAUGCAAGAUUAUUUAUCUUUGCAGGGAUCCGAAGGAUGUGUUAGUUUCAAUGUGGCAUUUCUUUAGAAAAAGACUGCCCGAAGGAAUCGACAAAGACGCGUAUCUUAGUAUGGAAGAUUCUUUCGAUUCGUUUUGCGAAGGAGCUGCCUUUAAUGGACCUUAUUGGGAUCAUGUUGCUGGGUACUGGAAGGCCAGCCAGGAAAAUCCUGACAAGGUUUUGUUCAUUAAAUAUGAAGAUUUGAAAGAGGACAUCGUUCCGAAUGUUACGAAGCUGGCCGAGUUUCUUGGCUGCCCUUUUACUUCCGAAGAGGAAGAACAAGGCGUAGUUCAACAAAUUAUCGAUUUAUGCAGUUUCGAGAGUUUGAGCAAUACAAAGGUGACCGAAGAAGGUAAUUACAGUUCAAAUUCGCCUUUUGUCAUCAAGAACAGUUUAUUUUAUCGAAAGGGUGAAAAGGGAGAUUGGAAAAACUAUUUUACUGAAGAAAUGGGUGCUCGUUUGGAUCAAAUUAUUGAAGAAAAGUUGAGUGGAUCUGGCUUCUCAUUCCUUUCGCCACAGUGAUUCAAGUGAUUGGCUUUUUUUUCUUCUCAAUUUUAUAUGUUUUUAGUUUGAAAGAAUAAAAAUGGAUAUGAAAAAGCUAUGGCAUCAGCUUGUUGCGUAGCUUUUUGUGUAAUAUCCAGUAAUGAUAUGCUUGUUUUAUUUUCGAGUUUUCUAGUUUGAUGUAUUUAUUAUUUAAAUGAAAUACUAGUGUGUGUUUAUUUUCUA